CACAUUGGUUUAACCAAAUAAUAUCCGCAAAUAUUAUAUGACUGAAGGGAGAUCCAAAAUCAAGCUCAGUUUGUAUCACUGAAGUCCCAAAUGGUCAAUCGUAGCACCAUCAUGGCUUCUGCAAUUUGUACUCCCAAUUCAUCUUUGUCAUCUUCGUCAUCUAACCCCUCUCUGUGUGCUUUCUUAAAUUCAUCAAUUUUAAUCCCCAAAAAUAUGAAUGUUCAAUAUUUGAAAUGCAUCCCUCAACUGGGUCUCGGUCUUUCUUCUCCUUGGAACGGUCUUAAGAAUCUGGGCAUCUCAAUCUCGCAACAUUCUGUGAAAAUAGAAAGAAAGGGCAGAUGUAAAGGUAAGGGAGUGUAUGCAUCUCUAUUUGGAGUUGGGGCUCCUGAGGCUCUGGUAAUCGGGGUGGUGGCUUUGUUAGUUUUCGGGCCAAAGGGUCUUGCUGAGGUUGCUCGUAACCUGGGGAAAACUUUACGGGCAUUCCAACCUACAAUUAGAGAACUUCAGGAUGUUUCAAGAGAAUUUAAAAGCACACUUGAACGAGAAAUUGGUCUAGAUGAAAUUGAAAAUCCAGUGAAAAAGAGUCCAUCGAAGGCCAACUCCAAAGACCCAGAAUUGAACGUCGACCCAAAUGGUUCUCCAGCCCAACCCGAGGAUCCCUUAGCAGUGCAUCUGAGAAAUACUCUUGCUCAGCUGCAGAAAGAGCAAGAACAGGCUGAGUCCCAAGAUACUGCACAAGAAGUUGCUUUAGAAAUGCCUCCAACUGAAAAUCCGGAAAGCAAUGUGGUCGAAGAAGCUUCAUCGGCAGUGGACCCCCCACCAAAUCCCGAGAAUAAUGCUGUUCAAGAAGUUACGCCAGCCAUGGCUACCCAAUCGAAGCCCGAAAUCAAUGAACUUCAAGAAGUUGUUUCAACGGGGGCUUCUCCUUCAAAGCCCGAAAACGAGUCAUGAAAGUUCCUAACAAAAUUUUCCUGAAGAGAAGAGUGAACCUAGUACUCGUCCAUUUUCCAUUUAUCUUAUAUUUUGUGAUAGUCCUUCGGAUUUCUGUCCAGGUUGAGUUCCAGUUUGUUCUUUAAAAAUAUAAUUAGAGUAAAAUUACUCGUCCAAUGACCAUUUUGCUAGUUUCCGUUGAAUUAACUAUAUAAAGCUCUUAUUCGGGCUGUUACAAAUUAUGGUAUAUUUGGCAAGGAAGAUUUGGUAGAAGAAGGUAAAAUUUGAAUAAUUAUAUAUUA